AUGAAAUUGUGGCCAGACGUUAGCUAUGUGGAUAUCAUUAACUAUUUCGUGCUUAGUGAGGGUGUUGAUGGUGAGACACUACGAAAUUAUAAGAGCACAGAGGCUUACAACUAUCUACACAGCAACAAAAUUGGAAAAAUACUGUGUACAAAAUACAACGAGUUCAUCUUCCUUAAGGCUGAGGUCGAGCCGAGUCAGAGCAUCAACAAGCCCAAACAACUUGCUUGGAUAAUGACGAGGCCGAUUGGUAUAAUCGAAACAGUUGGCUGUUCAUGCAUUGCAGGGCUAGGAAAAUCUUGUAGCCAUGCAGCAGCUGUCAUUUGGAAGGUCCAGAAUGCAGUGGUUAGUGGAAAGACAGGGCUUGCAUGUACUGACACACAGCGGAGAUGGAAUGAAGGAACAUCCAAGAACCUUCAGCCCAAGCGUCUGAGCCAGAUUCAUUUUAGGCACCACAAGGCAGAGGAUGAGUAUGAGGAAGAGACUAGGGCAGUUGGCAGUCAGCUCCCAAACACACCACAGUAUCAGUCCCACAAAGACUUUAGAGAGAGUGUGGACAAAUCUCUAACAAAACCUCUAUUUCUUCUCAAGAAUACACUACUGGAAAAGUGUUACAAUGCCACUCCAUCAGCAGAACAGCAGGGGAGAUCAAAAGAACAGGGAACCAUCAAUGAUUUAACAUUUUUGUCACAUCAAAAUCAUGACAGUGAUCUGAGUUGUGUGAAAUGCCAAAAAUUCUACCAGGCUUAUGUUAGUAUGGAUGGCAAACAAGCUGAUACACUAGAACUUGAGACGAGGGGGCAGAGUGCAUCUGAUCUGUGGCACAGUUCUAGGAAACUUAGAAUCACAGCCAGUUCAGCAAAGAAGGUGCCUGUACGUGAGCACUUUUACCCCAGCUUUCGUGGUAACUAUGCCACUAAUUAUGGGAAAGAAAAAGAAGAAACAGCUUGCAACCAAUUGAAAGAACAGGGAAUGAACAUAACACACACAGGCACAAUUGUAUGUGGGGCAGAGCCAUGGUUAUCAGCAAGUCCGGAUGGAAUCAUCAACUCCUGUGAGCUCUUAGAGAUGAAAUGCCCCGUCCCAAAUAAAAAUCACCAGACACUCAGUGAACUGUUAUCUCAGAGAUUCAGUGAUUUUAAGGUAGUGGAUGGAAAACUUGAGGUUCAGAAAACUGGUAGCUGGGGCUAGUCCAACUAGGAAUGUUUUGCACAGGUCUCAAGACAGCCAGACUGAUGAUCUGGACACCAGAUGAGAGUUUGGUAUUUAGUGUACCAUUUGAUGAGCUGUUUGUCACGGAACAGGUGAAACGGUUGAGAGCGUUCUACUUCUAAUCCAUGCUGCCUCAACUUGUUGAUGAAUUUGCUGCGGGGCGGC